AUGUCCUACAAGCACGAAAAUCUGUUUAGUGAACGUUCCAAAGCGAGAAUUACGCGCCACUUCUGGCAUUCCGCUUCGUUGUCGGGUGACGAGAAGCCACACCCCAACCCAAUUGGUCUUGUUGGGGGCAUGCCUAAUCACGACUUCUUCCCUGUUAAUGGAAUAAGGAUUGGUAUUUCGGAGAAGCCGUUUCCUAAAGGUUAUCAUGAUGAGGUUGCUGUCACCAAUGAGCCAACUGAAGAACAUUCUUUCUUGAUUCCUCAAGUUUCGGACGAUCCUACCGAAUUGGACCUGAAAACGGCUUUCCAGUAUGGUAACACCGCCGGAGCCACAUCUUUGCUUAAGUUCACCCAGGAUUUCGUCAAGACUGUUUGGAAGCCAGGCUACGAGGACUGGUCCACUCUGAUGACCCUCGGAGGAAGCAACGGAAUUGACAAGACGUUCGACUCUUUUAUCGAAAGGGGGGAUACGGUCUUGGUGGAGGAGUUCAGUUUUAUCCCAAUUCUGAACUCCUUGGCAAAUCUUGGCGGAGUGCCGGUUCCUUUGAAACUCGACUUUGGUCCAGACAAAACGUUCAGCUUUGUCGAGAACCUCAAGUACCUACUGGAGAACUGGGGGUCUCUUCACCCUGAUAAGAAAAAGCCAAAGCUGCUCUACACCAUUCCGACCGGUCAAAACCCGCUUGGAGUUGCCCAGACAGUCGAGCACAAAAAACAGGUUCUACAAUUGGCUGAUGAGCACGACUUCAUCAUCUUGGAAGACGAGCCUUACGCUUACCUGAACUUCCAAAAACACACCGAAACCCCGGUGUUCGAUCUUACCCCUGAACAAUUUAUCAACUCUCUCCACGGAUCGUACAUUUCUCUGGACAAGACUGGAAGAGUCGUGAGAACAGAAACGUUCUCCAAAGUGUUUGCUCCGGGUCUGAGACUCGGAUUUAUUGUGGCUCACAAGUCUGUGGUGGAGAGCUGCACCAAGCACUCUGACGUGAGUUCGCGAGCCCCAAGUGGAGUUUCCCAGAUCUUCGUCAACAACACGAUCCGGUAUCUUGGUGGAAUCGACGGAUGGUUGAAGUGGAUCAUCAAGGUGAGAAACGAGUACCUGGUUCGGAAAAACGCUUUUUACAAGGCUUUGAUCGCCACAGAAGCAGCCAAGAAAGGCUACCUGAAACCAUUGGAUCCUGAAUGCGGAAUGUUUAUUUCCAGUAUUUACGAUUUUGGCAAGGACAAGAACCAGGAGGCUACCGAGAUCCUCAAGACCCGGUUCCUAGUUAACGGAGUUGGUGUUGUUUUCGGGUCCGGAAUGGCAGUCGACAGCGAGUUUUCCAAAGACCGGUCCAACUUCUUGCGUACAGCCAUCUGCUAUACCAAGAACACCGACGACCUGGUGGAGGCCGCCUCGAGAAUCAGCAAAUCGAUCCUCGACACUGCCGAGAAACUCGGACUCGCCGUUUGA